CAUCCCAGUAGUACUAGUCACUUCGGUGCGCGAUACCGGUCUCAUCAGUUCGUGCACGAUAGGGCACAUAUCGGAUGGCUCCAAUGAGUGGACACAGCAAUUGCCCGCUGCGAUCGCCGCUCUUCCUGCCAUCAAGCUGCUCUACCUCCGCAUUGACCAUCCAUGGACAACGGACUUCGACAACCUCCAUGGGGUGAUUUUUAGUAGGCUCGUGUCGAGAACGCUGGAGAGAAUCGUGCUCGAGCUCAGCAGUAUCUUGGCUUGGCAAAAUGUUACAACUGCCAAACGAUUGGAUCGGCUCGAACUCGAUGGGCUGUCGAGUUGCACACGCAUGCCGCGGCUCAAGACCGUUGUCGUAUUGAUGGGUGGAAUGGUCCGAGUGGACAGUGGAUCGUGGGGAGAGCUCGUAGCGUAUGCGCAGGGGAGGUUCGCAUCGCUCCAUGCGGCUGGGCUACUACGCAUAGAACACGACUAACACAUUACCGUUAUUUUCUUCGCGUCCUGGUCCUCCAAGCUGAUGUCUGCCAUAUAUUCACGCACAAAUACAUACGCUUCUAUGAGGCGUUUCUUAGGAAAAAAAUACCCUAAAACCAUGUUGAAGCCAGC